CAGUUUUAUAAAAGUUAUAUCUGGUGCACUUCACGCCGUACGUAAACGUAACCUUUCACGCCAUAGAUAUGUUUCAGGCUCUCCACUUUAAUGAUGAAUACCGUUUACUUGGCGGUUGAGUUACUCAAGACUGCUUAAGAGUAUUCAAUUCACUCUGGCGCAGGCAACAAUUAUAACGUAUAACUAACUGUGCAAAACAAAAUGCCAAAUAUAUCACCAAUUUGAAAUACUGCAGUACUGUUCUACAUAAUACCUAGUGUGUUGCGUAUAGUGGGGAGUUCUUUGAUUAGAAAUAACGUGGACCACGUGUUGUCAUGGAGACGUAGUCACAAACCCGACUAAAUACAAUCUAGGGAGCAACAGUAGAAACAGCAUCGACGGUUACAUAUCACAGAACAGCUAAACUAAAAAAUUAAACAAAAUACAUAAUUUUAAAAAAAAUUAAUUGAAAUGGAAUAUGUUGGGAGCAUCUAUGAAGGAGAGUACCAUAAUGGCAGGUUGGAAGGGAGUGGAGUGUAUACCCUCCAAACUGGGACUCGAUAUGAAGGGGAAAUGAAGGAUGGGAUGUAUCAUGGCAAAGGAACGCUCCACUUCCCCAUUGGAAAUAAAUAUGAAGGGAUUUGGGAAAAAGGAAUCGCAGUAGAGGGAAAGUACACAUUUGCAGAUGGACUUAAAUACAAGGAUAAAGACUGGGAGUACUGCGACGGUUACGACAGGAAGUUUUACACAGAAAUCUGUAAUGGACUUAAACCAGCAGGUCGUUCACAGCUAACCAACUUAGACUCACCAAGAGAGAUCCCAGAGGGGUGUUAUGACUGUGGGGAUGGAUUUUAUAACCCCCAGACCAGAGUCAUCAUAGAUUACAAAAACACAUUUUUGAGAAAUGCAGAAGCUGGGCACCCCUGUACUUCUUUCAUCCAGUCGGAGGGUCUACAGCAACUACAGUGCUCUGUAAGCGGUGGUCCAGUAAAGGAACUACCCCACUGGAGUGUAGGGCGGGUCAUACGACCAUCAGACUGCUGUUUCGAAUCUCUGUCGAGUUAAGUUGCCAAUCUUGGGACAAGAGGAACACAACGGUUUGGGGGUGUCUAUGCGUUGGGGAGGAAACAACGUCUGUGCGUAGUUCACCUCAUCUUGCCUACUUGCCUCAGGGGUUCAGUAGCUUAAUCUUCAGUCCCCUUGCUCAGUAAGUGGAUGCAGAUGUGACAGCUGACUGGGGUUAAAAUAAAGAUAUAACACAUUGGUCACUACUGUAAGUCAGUGGUACUCAACUCUGGCCCUUGAGAUCAAUUCCAGUCCUGGUUUUCACUCCAAGCAGGUUCUAAUGUAGUUCAUUGAAGCUGCUAAGAGGCAAUUAACAAAUUUAGGACCUGCUUGGAAUAAAGACCAGGACUGGAAUGGAUCUCGAGGGCCAGAGUUGAGUACCACCGCUGUAAGUUAUACAGUCAUGAUAAAUUUUUAAUAAUACAUUUCUUAAAAUAUGUUUUGCAGUGCAAUUUCAAGCAAAAUAUUAAAACAUAAAAUGCAUAUACUUGCAGUCAGAUUUGCAUCAGUGAACAUGUUCUAUUGUCUUGGCUCGGUUAUUGACAUUCUGGAAAUGUAUACACAGGAACAGUAGCAGUGCCUUUACUUUAUAUGAAUGUUUUCCCGUAUAAUUCCCAAGGGUGUUUGCUGAAGAAUUUCUCACUUUUCCCAGCCUCCACCCCUCAAGAUUGGAAUGAAAGCAUUUCCUUCUAUACUAAAGAUUCCUGAAGAGAUAGCACAUGAUAUAAAAGAAACCACUUUUCACUUCUACAAAACUGGAAUGUCAUUACGCAAGGAAGCAAUUCAUCUGGAAACUGAAAACAAAUAGGAUUCUUUACUCAUGCACAAUUUAAUAAAAGUCAAAAUAAUGUCAUACAUUCUACUGUGCCUUUCUUAAUUUGAAAGACAUAUGUCACAACGUGUGGUCUUUAUCAACUAUUAUUAAGUCACACGGCUGCCAGAUGGUAGCCAUUGAUCAGAAGUUGAAUAAAUAUGAUGCCUGUCAAACGAUUACUGAGAUAUGGCUAAAGGUUAAACAAAUGUGUCUGAUAAAAUAAUAUUUAUUAUACCAUACCCUCAAUGAAAUUUGAAUGAGAGAAGCAUAGAAUACAGCUUUGUACCAAUUGUGCAGAAUAUACCUAAAGUGUGGGGCCUCUAUCACCGCUAUGGCAAAAGGUUAAAACAAAUGAAGACACAAAAUAGAAUAUUUUUAUUAGAAAUAUUUACUGAAUAAAAUACAUCAGCCUCUAUCAACCAGAAAACAAAAAAAGUAACAUGAGCCUCCAACAGUAGUGUGGCAGGGCCAAAGGGAUUGGGUUAAAUCUGCCCCUGCCAACAAUCACAGGUGUGGCCACUCCCCAGUUAGGUAAUUG